AUGAGAUAUCUUGCUUUACAUUCGAGUGGUAAUAGGGGACUUGUCCCCCUUUUACAGAUAUUUGGGCUAGAUUAUGACACUUUUGCUCUUGUGGCCAAAAUAAUAUAUGUCCAUCUUUUUCUAUCUAUGGAUCUCGUUCGCCAUUGGCCUCUUCAUCAGUUGGAGAUUAAGAAUGCUUUUAUGCGUGGUGAUCUUGAGGAAGAAGUCUAUAUGGAGCAAUCGCCUGAUUUUGUUGCUCAGGAAAAAUCUAGUAGUCUUGGGAAACAACUCAGUAAUUCUGAAAGUAUUUGGGAUGAAAUUAUUCGUAUUCUUCGAUAUAUAAAGUCAGCUCCUGAUAAAGGAGGUAAUUUGGUGUCAAUGAAGAGUAAGAAACAAAGUGUGGCUGCUUUAUCCGGUGCAGAAGUAGAAUAUCGAGCAAUUGCUGUAGCAACUUGUGAGCUAGUUUAG